AUGGCGCCCAAUCUCUCCAAUCUCACCGUCCUGGACCAGUCCCCCACUUUCAUCUACUCUCCGUAUCGCGAAGGGGACCUCAACAUCAUCCUGGAAACUUCUGGCACUUCCCUUCACAGCACGACUCUUCAGGGCGCAAGCCUCCAAAUAUCUUUCAUGGGUACUGCGAUAUACCUUGCAGGAUCGGGCACUGCUGGCGGCUACUCCACAACACUUGAUGGCGGCGAUGCCGUUGAUGGGAACCCGGCCAAUGGCUACCUCGUUAGCCACGACGGCUUGGACUAUGAAGCUCACACGCUGGUUUUGAAUACGACGUCCACAUCGCAGUUGAAUGUGACAUCAGCGUUAAUGACCGUAGGCAUUGGUGAUGAGGGUGCUACAAUAACGGAUACAAUACAUCUCGCAAUUGAUGUGACUAGUGAUGGUUCUGCAUCAUUGGAUCCAUUUUUUACAACCAAUGGCAAUGGACCAUUCAAUACCAACCACGACGCACAAGGAUAUUCACGAAUAGACACGACAGGCGCGGGAUCAAAGAUAUCAUUUUCUUUUAGCAGCGCUUCUGCUGUCUUUGUUUAUGGAUCAACGAAUUAUGACCAUGAUGCUUACAGCGUUACACUGAGCCCCGCAGCUGGGGUGUCGACAUCUACGCGAACCUUCAAUUCAACUUCAAAGUGGUUCGCUUAUAAUACCUCGACGUACUGGGAAACGGGUCUUGACCGAGACAAAACGUAUCAAGUCACCUUUGAGAAUCUUGCAGAAGGAAAAUAUUUUGAUAUACAUCAAGUGCUCUUAAGGGAUGGCGUACCGGCAUCCGCGAGUUCCCCGUCAAGUUCGGCGACGUCAGGGACCACCUCCUCGGAUUCUUCAUCUCCUUCCUCUGAUCGUACCCUAUCGACUGGAGCUAUCAUUGGUGUCACUGUCGGCGUAGUCGCCGCCAUUUUGGCCGCUUUUUUCUUCCUAUUCCUAUGGUGUCGGCAAAGGAGGAAAAACAAAACCCGUUAUAAUGCGACGCUUUUGACUGAUUUACGUGAUCCUGCCUAA